AUGCUUAACCAUGAUAGAUUUCUUCAGGCCCUCCAGUUCUUGCACUCUCAUGUUGCUAUCCCAGUUGGUCACUUCUUUUGUGAGGAAGGGUGGAUCAGUGAAGAUGAAAUACUCACACGCACCACUCUUACCAAUGCCACUGGUGGGUCUUCGUUCAAAUCUGGCACCUAUAGGAGCUCUAUGGGUGUUUCUGUUCUCCUCCCACCUCACUGUCCUUAUUCUGUCACUCAAAUACCUAUGCCUUUAAAAUAUGUUUUGGCUGUCAAAAUUGGCUCACUCAGAAUUGUAUGCUUAUAUCUUCCACCAAAUAUGCCUACUCACAAUGUCCUACAUGUACUUUCUUCCAUUCCUUUAACACAUGAUACCAUUCUUUGUGGUGACUUCAAUGCAAGAUUUGGCUCUGUUACUGAAGAGAGAUCUCUAUCAGUUGUAAAUGCAGAUCUUGCACCUUGCAUACCAACAUAUACUUCUUUCCACAACAACUAUGAAAUCAGCAGUAUGAUUGACCUCUUUAUAACUAAUAUACCACUCAUCAAUCCUUCUCUUCAUAUUGCUACUGACUUGUCCCUUGGAUCAGAUCAUUGCCUUUUAUCACUUUCCUUUACCUAUGACCUACAGCACUCUACCAAUAUGCUAUCACUAUUACACAAGACAUGGAACCUCUCACGCCUCACUGAACCUGAUGUCCAUGCUCUUUAUGCUCAUAUCUUCAAUCAAAACUCAACCUCUCUACUUUCCACAUUGCAAGACAUUGUACAGAAUCCGCCACUCACUAGACCCAACAUUGAUGCUAUCACUGAUGAGUUCAUUUCACUCAUUUAUAACUCACUAAAUAGCUCAAUUGGACAUCGGCCCUCUUGA